AUGGACGGCCAGGCCCUCCGGACUUCUCCCCUCCGUGACAGGCAAUUAAUUACCCCUGAUGCGCAAUCCCGGGGGCGGGCCGCGCCGGGGGCUGCGGGAAAGCGCCGGGCCGGCGGACCCCACUCCACUUGCGCCGCCCCAGCCGCCGGAGGGGCCACAGACAACAGCAGCGCGCAGCGCGCAGCCCGGGGAUCGGACCCCGCGGGACCCUUCCAGCGCCCUCAGGGGUCCGCGGGCCCGAGGCCACUGACCCGAGUCUCUUGCCCCGGCUGCCGCCAACAGCGAGGCAAAGCUGGGUGUUCGCCCCAGGCCGACCCUCCCCGCCAAGACCUGGGCGCAGGGGGCCAAACGCCACGGGCAGCACCGCGGGGGCUGCGCCGACCCACGCGCCCACCGCCCGCGUGCGCCUGCGGGACAGGACCGGGACUCCAGACCCGCGGACGGCGCGCGCCCGAGCUCCCGCCCCAGCCGCUCCCAGGGGCCGCCCCGCCCUGCCGGGAAACCGACGCCGCUCGCGCUCCCGCGGCCUUCCCCACCCUCCCGCGGCUGACUCGCUUACCACCAGCGCCUAAGGACGGCCGCCCGGGACCAGCGACGCCGGCCGGCACGCGACGGCCCUGCCCAGAGCCCCGCGGCGCGGGACUGCGGCGCCCACAGUGCCCCGGGCGCAGAGCUUCAGCACCCACAGUGCCUCGGGGCGCGGCGCGCCUGCGCCGACGCCUCCCGACCGGCCCGGGCCUCGGGCGACCCCAUGCGGUAGCCGCCCGCGGCACGCCCUUGCGCGCCUCAUUGCAGGGACUGAUGGAGGCUUUUGCGGAAAUUGUGAAGAAUCGGGAAGGGCAGGGGCGGCUCAGCGAGCGGCUGACUUUAGGAACCGAGCGCCCAGAAAGCAGCACGUUCGUCCGGUCUCCCGAUGCGCGGCGGGCAUCUCACACCCGCCGCCCCGACGCCGUCUUUCGCCGGCCGACCCCCGCGGGGAGAAGUCCGCCACCAAGGAAGGGCCGGGCCCCGAGCACGCCCUCCCCUCCGCUCGGAUCCACACGGCAGGGGCCAGGCCCUACUGUAAAAGUUGGGACACCCAAGGCCAUCGCGGGCCAAGGACAGAAAGGUUACGCAUUCCCCACCCGGGGCCCUUCGGGGACGAGCCCUGGCCAGCCCGCGUGCAGGGCGAGCGGCCCGGGUUCGGGGAUGCGGCCGCCGGCGGGGGCCCGGGUUGCCGAGCACGAGUCCGUCCCCCGGGAUCCCACUUCCUCGCGCCGCCCGCCCCGCUCCCCCGCCAAGGACAGUCGCGGCGGCGGAGCCGGCCGCACAGCUGCUCCGGGACGGAGGCUGCGCUUGGCCGGGCGGAUUAGGGGCAGGGAGCCAGCCCAGGGCCCGCCUGCACCCGCCCGCGCCGGCCCUCCCCCAGCACUUCCUACCUUCCCUCCUGCAUCCCAGCCCCCAAGGCCAAGGUCUCCCCGGCCCACAAACCUGAUAGCGGAAGUGACGUCAGGGGGACCUGGCCGUUCCCACAGCCAGUCACGCCACAGCGAGAGGCGGCGCCGACCAAUGGGCGCGGUCCGGGGGCGGGACUUCCCCCGCCCAAGUUUGAUUGAGGCGAGGGGGAGGGGCGGGGUGAAGAAUGUGAAGAAUGACCCCUCCCCCCGGUCCGUGAGGCACUGGGCGGGAAGCGGAGGGGGGUUGGGGCCGGCUGACCGCGCCACGCGGCGCCCAUCCCCCGCUCGCCCGCUGCCGCCGCCUCUGCCACCCACGGUCCCCGCUCACCACCCGCCCGUUCCGGCUUCAGACCCGCGCCGGUCUUCCCGCAGCGCUCCCCUCUCCCACCGCCACUAG